GGUCCAAUUAUGCAUAAAGCAGUUUGGAGUAAGAUAUACAAUUGUUAAGUGCAAUAUUUUAAGGGAAUACGUAAAACAUCCUCAGAAACCUUACAUCAGCAGCAAUACAGUAAUUAUUUUCAUUUGAUAACGUAAAAUUCGAACUGAGUAUUAAAUGUCUUCCCAACUUGGAAAUGGCGCUUAAAAUAGGAAAAAUUUGCAGCCUUGAGAGUGACAAAAUAUUUGCAGAUGAUCACUGGCAAAGAGAAUUAUGGAUCACAAACCAUGGCAAGUGUCAACAACAUUUUUAUCCAGGAUUGCCCAGAUAACGGGAAUCCUCAAAGUGCCUUUGACAUUGGGCCUUUAACGAAGAAUGAAAAUAUCGUGAAUACUGUUGAAUGUGCUACCGAAACCUCUGAUAAUGGAAAACUGCCAGAUAUUGUGGCCGAGGCUACAAGAAACAGCCACGAGGACGAGAAUGAGGAAACCUAUCUCUCAAUUGCAGUCCAGGUUUUCAUCCCCUUUCUUAUCGCUGGAUUUGGUAUGGUUUUUGCCGGGUUGGUCCUCGACCGAAUCCAGCAUUGGCCGGUCUUCGAAGAGAUCACGGAAUUGGUUAUUUUAAUCCCAGCCCUGUUAGGCCUGAAAGGAAAUUUAGAAAUGACCCUAGCUUCAAGACUGUCGACACAAGCAAACCUUGGCCAUAUGGAUACAGCUAGACAAAAAUUUUCCAUCAUUGUGGGAAACCUUACUCUCAUUCAGUGCCAAGCCAUAGUGGUCGGAUUCCUUGGAGCUGUAGUAGCAGUUGUGAUGGGUGGUAUCAAAAGUAGCGAUGUUGAAUUAGACCACGCCUAUUUGUUAUGUGCCAGUAGUUUAGUUACAGUUUCCAUUGCAAGUUUCGUAUUAGGUUUGAUUACAGCAGGUGUCAUUGUGUUGUCUAGAUAUGUUCAUAUCAAUCCAGACAAUGUGGCUACUCCAAUUGCAGCCAGUCUUGGAGAUAUUACUUCCUUAACUCUUCUUUCAUUGGUAUCGACGGUUUUGUAUGACUCAAUCGGGACUCAGGAUUGGCUUGCUCCUGUAAUCAUAGCAGGCUACAUCCUUGCAAUACCAAUGUGGGUGUGGAUUGCCAAAAAGAACUUGGCCACACGGGACGUUUUAUACCACGGUUGGACUCCGGUAGUAGGAGCUAUGCUCAUAAGUUCCAUUGGUGGGUUGAUUCUGGAUUUUAUGGUGUCUAGGUUUGAGGGAAUAGCGGUCUUCCAACCCGUAAUCAAUGGCGUUGGUGGUAACCUAGUCGCUGUCCAAGCCAGUAGAAUCUCCACCGCGCUGCAUAAGCAAGCCCAGCUGGGUUUCUUGCAAGCUGAAAACAACGAAGAUCAAGAGGCUGUCAUAUUUAUAUCUCCUGUCAACUCUUUCUGUGGUAAAGGUGCUCAUUCCAGAACCACCAGAGUGUUGAUGGCUAUGGUUUUACCGGGACAUAUAAUUUUCAUCUACACAAUUGAUUACAUGAAAGACGGGGAUACGUCUUUGAGUAGUUGGUUCGUCUUUGUUUACCUACUUGCAGCAACCAUGCAAGUGGCUACUCUUCUUUAUGUUGCAUAUAUUAUGAUACACUGGAUGUGGAAAAAGAAAAUUGAUCCAGAUAAUUCGGCAAUACCAUAUUUAACUUCAUUCGGAGAUCUUCUAGGAAUUUCUUUAUUAGCAAUAGCAUUCCAAUUUCUGUAUUUAAUAUCUGAUCAUGAUACAAGACCUACAAGUAGUUUGAGGUGAAGUUCUCCAAGAACAAUAUGUUUAUGUAAAAGGGAAUUUAGAAUCCCUUAGGCAGACAAAAAAAAAUAAGCUUGAAAUUCGCGUAGAGGUCGGUAAUAUUGUCAAUAUUUAUUUGUUCAAUUAUUAAACAAAAAAAAUCAAAUAGUACCCCCGUCAUUGACAAUAAUAUCGAACACAUUUUAAAAACUUCUUCAUGAAGAUAUCCAUAUUUUUUUCUUUGGAAAGUGUGGACACUCAACAUCAACAAAAAAUUAAAUAUAAAAUUGGAAAUUUCGAGUUGGUCUAAUGGUCCAUUGAUCCCGAUAAAAUCUUCAAUGAAAAUUCUGAUCCGACGGAAAAGUUAAAUCUCUUCAUAUUACACUGUGUUUCACAAAUUCUCGGUCUUUUCGAUAUUAGAAUUCAAUUGGCGAAACAUAUCAGUAGUGCAGUUAUUUUGAAUGAAUAAUAACUCACCUAAAAGAAAAAACAUUCGUCGGAUCUAAGAAAUAUGACAAUAUUGCAAUGACUUCAUAAACUAAAGCAAUCCUCAUUGUAGUAGUUGUUAAAUAAGUUGCAGCAAUAUAUAAAUAUAAAACAAAUAUUUUUCAAUAUACCGUAGGUGUUUUGCAGAAAAUGGUCUUCUCGAAUUGAGUGCCUUCAAUUCCAUUUUUCCAUCUAUAGAUUACUUUAUCUGUUUCGUAAUGGCCACUGUAUAUAGGAGCCGAUGUUUUGUUUUUAGUUGAAUGAAAUAAUGUCUUCGUUAAUUACCGAGAUAGUUCCAACAAUGAUAAGUAAAGACCGCUAUAUUACAGUAUGUUCUCAAUACAAGUGAAUAUGGAUAGUAUGCAAUAAUAUGUGACUUGUAGAAUUAAUUACAACAAUAAAAGAUUGUUCCUUCUGAUUAAACAGUAUGUUGGUGACAAUAGUUACUAGUCUCGACCCUUCUCAACUGUGAUUAUUAUACAAGAGAGGGGUUAAGUAGGACAUAAACAUAUAGAUACAUUAAUGAAAAAUAGUAUUAUAUACAAUAUAUCGAUAAAAUAAAUAAUUGAUUGAUGU